GUUUAUCUCUAUCGCCUUUCCGUCUGCCGUAGAAGCCAAGAAAGGCACAUCCGACAUCCCCAAGCCGCUUCACUACCAGACCCGUAGAAGCCACAUCGGCAAUAGUAGGCUGCAAAUGUCUCUUGAAUUGAUAUUUCUCGUUCAGAAUGGUAGUUUCAUGGGCGGGUGCAGCAACUUCAUUAUCCAUUCCGCCUUCAUUCGACCGACUAGGGCACUUGAGGCUUCAUAUUUCCAAUCAGAAUUGAUGUUGUUCGCAUUUCAAAAUGCCAUCUUCAAUCUUGGCAAUAGGGAUCUGUGGUUUAUGAGAUGAUUAGGGACACUCCAAAUUAUGCCACCAUGCCUUACAAUUGAUGAUCAAACUGGUAGGCUUUAUAUUACCAUGAAGGAUCUUCCAUCAACUGAGAUUCUUGACUUCGGAUUUGAUCCUUACAGUCCAUUGAUUCAGUCAGUUUAAUGUUCUUCUAUUUGAAAUUGAUGAGGUUCAAACUUGGAGAUUCAAUUCAGAUGUUCACCUAACCAAGAGCUAUUGAUUAAGGGUGAAGUCAUAUUCUGGAUCCAUGGGUGGAAAGAGAUCUGCUAUGCAUGGUCUGCUUGAUUCUGAAUAUAUCUAGGACUAAUCGAGGAGAUGGAAAGCCUCAUGUGUUGAUAAAUUUAUUUCUUGAUAAUAUUUCAUGGUAAUCGUUUCAUCAUAUAUGUAAUUACCAUUCUGUAUCAUGAACCUUAGUUAUUCAUGCUAAAAGCAAAGCUAUAAUGCGCAUAUCUAUUUGGAGACUUCAGAAACACGUGUGAACUCUUCUCUCUGAAGUAUUUAGUAACAUAUUUUAGUAUUCAUAUUCCUACAGAACCUCUCUUGCUUUAAAAAUUAAUUGAUCU